AUGCUGGCGCGCCUGCUGCAGCACUGCCGCGAUGAGGUCGCGAUGGAUGGCGAGCAGGGCUCGGACAUGGAGCGCCUCUUUGGCUUCGCGGCGUCCUACUGCGCGGCGUGGCCCGAGGACGUGCGGCCGCCGGUGGACGACGCGUACCGCGCGUUUCUAUGGCGCAUGCUCAUGGAGGACGGCAGCGUGCACGUCGGCCUCGCGGCGCCGGACGUGAAGCCCGCGCCGCGCGAGAAGAGCGCGCCGCGCCAGUCGAUCCUCGCGAAGGGGCGGGGCAGCAGCGCAGCGGCGACGCCGCGGCCCCUGCCCGCCGGCGCGCCGCGCGCCGACCUGCGGGCGCUGCAGCGCAUGCACGGCGCCGACCUGCGCGUGUACAGGGACGCGGACCAUGUGCGCCGCACGCUCACCGGCUCCAACGCGCCCUUCGUGUCGGCCGCCGCGUACGAGGCUCUGCAGCUCGUGUGUCGCGCGCGCGAGCGCGGCGUGACCGUCGUCGAGCUGGGCGCAGCGACACAGUACGACCAGAAGACGGUGUACUACCUCGUCAAGCUCCUCGUAGAGCGCCGCCUCGUCGCCAAGUUCGCUGCGCCGGAGAUGGGGCACGUGUCGAACUAUGUCGUGGCGCAGCGCUACCUCGAGCGCAAUCCACAGUGGCGCGCGCAGCAGGACGCGACACUCUCGCAGGAGGACGCCGAUGUGGGCGAGCCUGCGUGGGUUGACAUGGCCGAUCUCGCGCAGGACCACCGCGGCAAGGACGACGACGAGAAGGAGUCGAGCGCGCCGGACGACGCCGCCGGGCCGAGCAGCGAGGCAUGGACCAUGCCGCCGCCCACGGACCCGCACGAGCACGAGAUGCUCGCGUUCGCCCCGCUGUCGGACGAGCAGAGCGCCGUGUGGCUCCACAGCCGGCAGGACCUCCUCGCGCGCCGCCUGUGGAAGCUGCUCGCCGCGUCGACGUCGCACAUGACGCCGCGCCGCUGGCUGAGCGGGCGCCUCGGCCUGCGCCCGGUGCCGUCGCUCCGCCGCGGCUUCCUGUCGUUCCUCAACCGCCAUGUGGCCGCCGGCCACCUCGAGCGCGUGCGCGUCCAGUUCGCGAGCGCGUCGCCCCUGUACGUGCGUGCGACCGCGGCGGGCCUCGCGGCGCACUUUGCCCUGCAGGCCAGCGAGACGGAGCCCGAGACGCAUGCGCUCGACGCCUUUACGCUGCAGUGGGGCGCGCCGCUCGAGGCGCAGCUCCUGCGGCACAUCCACGCGUGCGGCGCGCACGGCUGCACGAUGCAGGAGCUCGCAUGCCACUUUCACUUUUCCAGCGACAUCAAGCGCAUGGUCGAGCAGAUCCUCGCGCGCCAGGUGCCCACGGGCCCGCCGCCCUACGCGCCGCUCGCCGUGUGCGCGCCGUUCGAGCAAGAGGGCCGCGAGCGGCGCAUCCGCUACUACACCGCCGAGGGCUUCGCCGCGCGGUGCGCGCGCGAUGGUCUCGAUAUGCCCACGGCGCUCGGCUACGCGGCCGGCCGCGCAGGGUCCGACAUGCCGCCCGUGCCCGAGACGCUCCCGGGCGAGGCCCUGUACGAGAGCGCAGCCGCGCUGCACGCUGCGCUGCAGCAGGUGCCGCAGCAGACCGUCGGGUUCUUCCGCGAUGCGCCCGGGCCCGUCGCGCUGCGGCCCGCGAAGCGCAAGGCGCCGAUCGAUCCGGCCACGGGCCGCGCCAAGCGCGGCCGGCCGCGC